CGAGCAGGAGGCUGGCAGAGCCCGUCUAGGAGUAGAAGGGGAGGGCAGCCUUGUCUGGCCCCGCCCCCCAGGCCCGCGCACUGCCCGACUUGGGCCCCCAGAGCCCUUCGGACCCGAGGUCGAGCUCGAGCCCGAGCCCGACGGCACCAUGUAUGCUGGCCGCCGCCGGAGGAAGCCCGUUCCCAGGACGGCCAAGUUGCCUCCCUCUGAAGGUGUCAAGUCAAACCCCUCCAAGCGGCACCGGGAGAGGCUGAACUCUGAGCUGGAGUGCCUGGCUAGCCUGCUGCCCUUUCCCAAUGAGGUCAUCUCCAGCUUGGAUAAACUGUCCAUCCUGCGGCUCACCGUCAGCUACCUGCGCACUCAAAGCUUCUUCCAAGGCAUGGGACCAGCUUCCACUCACCUCACACCGAAAACUAAGCUGGCAUUUUUACAUUGGCUCCCAUCGAGCUGUAGCUUGGAAGUCAGCGAGCUCACCCGGAAAAGCUGCUGCGCCAAGGAGUGGUCCGCAAGCCACAGCCACGAUGGGGACAGAAGCCGGCGACGCACAGGCAGAAUCGUGCCCGAGGGCGAACUUCUCCUGCAGGCCUUGAAUGGUUUUGUGCUGGUGGUUACUUCUGAGGGGCUAAUUUUUUACUCCUCUCACACUAUCCAGGACUACCUGGGAUUCCAUCAGACAGAUGUUUUACAUCAGAGUGUCUUUGAACUGAUCCACACAGAAGACCAACCCGAAUUCAGGCGCAAUCUUCGCUGGAGGCUAACAUCAACUCCCAAACCUGAAAGUGAUCAGUCCUGCUUGGGUGAAACAACUUCCUCCAGCCCAUCUGUUGGCAGUGACAGAGCAGAAGAACUUCCCCCAGAGAACUCAGCUCUCCUUGAACGGAGUUUUGUCUGCCGCUUCCGCUGCCUGCUUGAUAACUCGUCAGGGUUCCGGGCUUUAAGCCUUCAAGGCAGGUUGAAGCCUCUCCAUGGGCAGAACCACCGCACUGAGGAUGGCUCUCCGGUGCCCCCGCAGCUGGCCCUCUUUGCCAUCUCUACUCCGCUGCAACCUCCCUCCAUUCUGGAGAUCAGAACCAAAACACUGACCUUCCGGACCAAGCACAAGCUGGAUUUCACCCCUGUGGCCUGCGAUGCCAAAGGGAAGCUUGUGCUGGGAUACACAGAAGCCGAACUGCGCAUGCGAGGGACUGGCUAUCAGUUUGUCCAUGUUGCUGAUAUGCUCUACUGUGCUGAGAACCACCUUCGAAUGAUGAGAACGGGAGAAAGUGGCUUGACAGUAUUUCGUCUUCUGACCAAAGAAAAUCGUUGGCGUUGGGUCCAGUCUAAUGCCAGGCUUGUCUACAGAAAUGGCAAACCUGAUUACAUCAUUGCCACCCAAAGGCCUCUUGUGGAUGAAGAAGGAGGAGAGCACCUUCAAAAAAGAUCCCUCCACCAUCCUUUUACCUUUGCUACUGGGGAAGCACUUCUGUACCAAGUCACCCACCCAGAUCCUGGUUUUCCUGAUCCUUUCCGAACUGAAGGAAAAAUUCCCAAAUUCAAAAAAUCUACUAAAGGAGAAAGGAGCCAGAUAGAUCUCCCAGCUCCUAAUUCAUUGCUUGGUGCCAUGAUGCAACAGGAUGUGACCAUCAAUGUGUCACAUGCAGCAGUGACUCCAGAACCUAGCUUCAGCGGUGGCAUCUUCAGUCAGAUUAAAGAACCUUUAGUGAAUAGGGUAGCAGGAGACAACCUGGAGGGAUCUUCAAAGAUGAUUUCUUCUGAGGUUGAGCAUAAAGAACUACUUGAUUUGAGUCAAGGAACUGCCCUUCUAGCUACCCUUGAUUCCUUCUCUCUUGACUGUGAUGAGAAUUGCUCCAACAAAGAGCUCUUGGGUGCCCUUGAAAACCUGGGGCUUAAUGCUGAGGAGCUGGAGCUACUUUUGCUUGAUGAGUGGAGGGUGAGGGGGGGAGAGAAUCCAGGCUCUAGUCCAUCUCUUAAUGAUAUCUUAGCAAACAGGGAGAUCUUGUCCCAUGUACACGAUUCCCUCCUGAAUAAACACGAGGAUGAACAAGAUGGGGAUUCCCAGACUUCCUUGAAAGCUCACUCUUUAUCUGGCCUAAGCCAAGAAUCUGAAGUCAACAAUUCUCAUAUGGCACAUCAGUAUCCACUUCAUUUAUCCCAAGAACCCCAACCCAACCAGUUAGCCCAAAUAUUGUGCCUUCCAAAGACAAUGCAUCACCAUGGUGUAAGCCAGAAGCAUCUGAAUCACCUUCCUUGGGAGUCUAGCCCAUCCCAGUCUGUGAAAAAUGAGAUGCAAAACCAGAACAGAGGAGAUCCAUGGCGGCUGUUAUCAGUUACAUCUCAGAAUCUAUCUGCUCAUUUCUCACAGUUACCUGCAGAUGUCCAACAGCAAUGUUUACAGUGGUCACCACCCAACAGUUCAGGCCUUCUGAGCCCAUCCUUUCCCUAUCAUUCUUUAGAGAAUUCCUGCCAGCCCAGACAAAGUGGGCAGCAGUUGGAGAAUCAUUUGCGACCACAACAUGGAGAUCACCAACUCCUAUUUCGGCAUCAUCUCCCAAACCAGGUUCACAUUCAAACACAGCAAUUUAAUGGCCAGGAACCCUCAGAAUCAGGGACUCUCCUACAAUCUACCACUGACCAAAGCUUACUCAUGAAUAGUAUCCAGAGCCUUGAUUCACCCAAUCAACUAAUUCUAGGUGGCAACCCAUGGCCAAACCGUGCCUCCGGGAUUCAGCACCCAACUAAAACAAAGCUUCUGAGCCAAGUGGGGAAUAAUCCUGGUUCACAGGUCUACUCAAGAAAUACUCAACGAGAUUCUACCAUGUCCCAGGCCCAGGCCAAUCAGAAAAUAUUAGACUACAUGGACAUUGGCAGUAGUCAUGGGACUGGAGCUGAGAUGGUGCCUGGACAAAGGUUCUUACCACCUUGCACAUGUCACCCUAUGCCUCUAAAACCUUCUGCACCCAUUUCUUCAGAGGUUAAGUUUCCAUUUCAGAAUUUCACUUCUGAUCAUUUUAUUAAUGGAGAUGGGUGCCAAGAGAUAUUGAUUCCUUUUGUCCGGGCUCUGGUAUUUCCCUUACUGAAGGAGAACAUGGGUUUGGGGAAUCUGAAACUGGAUGAAUCUUAA